GCUGGUUAAAGAACAUAGCAUGACGAAAUUUGUGGGUUUAAUAUUUUUGGCCCUGGUGGGUUGCAGUUUGGCGGCCGGACCAGGCAUGGUGCGUUAUGAUGACUUUAAAGUGUUUAGGAUAUUUGCAAAAGAUGAUUUGCAAUUGAAUCAAUUGAAGAAAUUAAACAGUAUUUUACCGGUGCGUCAUUUAAAUGAAAUCACAUCCAGUGGAAAAAAUUAUGAUGUGGCCAUUGAUCCUGCCAAUGAACAGAAACUGGAAGAUCAAUUGAAUUAUUAUGAAAUGGAUUUCAAGAUUACUAUACCUGAUUUGCAAGAAGUUCUAGAGCAAAGUCUUCCUAAGCUACGCAGCACUGGCAUGGAAUGGACUCAAUUCCACAAAAUUGAUGACAUUUACGAUUGGGUUGAUAACUUAACCAUGACCUACACCGCCACUAUUACCCCCUACACCAUUGGCUACUCCUAUGAGAAUAGACCCAUUAAGGCCAUUAAGAUCUCCCACAAGCCCAACAACAAGCAGGCCAUAUUUAUUGAAAGUCAAAUGCAUGCUAUUGAAUGGAUCUCUUCGGCUACGAGCACCUGUUUCUUUAACAAUCUCUUACAUUCACAAGAUGAAAACCUAAAGCGCAUGUUGGUGGAAUACGAUUGGAUUUAUGUACCCGUGGCCAAUCCAGAUGGUUUCGUUUACACUCACGAAGUAGAUCGUAUGUGGCGUAAAAAUCGUAGACCUACAGGUUUCUCCAACUCAUCGGGUCCUUGUUAUGGCAUCGAUUUAAAUCGUAAUUUUGGCUAUGAAUGGGGUGCUUUGUCGUCGUGGAAUUUCGAUGUACCCUGUGAUCAUUGGUAUGGUGGUGAAAAGCCCGAUUCUGAGCCAGAAGUUUUAGCUUUAGAGGGUUUCAUUAAUUCCUUCCCUGAUGGUUACAUUCGCUUGUAUAUGCCUUUCCAUUCGUAUGGCAAUUUGAUUUUGUUGCCCUAUGGCCACACCAGUGAUAUUUUCCCACCAAAUUAUGAUCAAAUGAUGCGCAUUGCCAAGGGUUUUGCUGAUGCAGCUAAAGUCAAAUAUGGCACACAGUUUGUUUAUGGUUCCACCGGUACCAUUAACAUAUCUGGUUAUGUUUCUGGUGCUUCCAAAGAUUGGGUGUAUGGCGUUAAGAAGGUGCCUUAUACUGGUACUUUUGAAUUGCGUGACAAUGGUACUUAUGGUUUCUUCUUACCACCCCAACAAAUUACAGAGGUUUGUGCCGAAGUUACCGCUGGUUUAAUCGGUUUAAUAGAAACGGCUGAAAAGGAGAAGAUUUUGCUACGUAACGGGGCUUAUUCGAAUACAGCUUCGGUGUUUAAUAUGGUUAUAGUUUCGAUUUUGAUUAAAUUAAUUUCUAGUCAUUUAAGUAAAUGCGAACUAUUAACGGUAUUAGAAACACAAUUGAAUUUGACAGCAAACGCGGCAGACGUCAUGAAGGUGCUGUUAAUACUAGUAGGCUGUUUGGCCCUGUUGGGUGUGAGUUCUGCAAAUCAAUUUGCAGCUCGAUAUGAUGACUUUAAGGUUUAUCGAGUGAAUGUUAAGGAUGCCCAGCAAUUCAGUGAAUUCAUGAAAUUGGGUGAGAUUUUACCGCUGCGCUACUUAAAUGAACUUAAAGGUCCUGGUCACACUUGCGAUGUUGUCAUUGAUCCUGCCAACCAAGAAAAAUUAGAAUCGCAAUUACGUUUCUUUGAGUUGGAAUUCUCCUGUGUCAUCCAAGAUUUACAAAGUGUCUUGGAAGAAGAAUCUCAGUACCAAACCACACCUAUGGAACGCAGGCGCAUCGAAAUGGAUUGGUCUCAAUAUCACGAUUUACCCGUCAUUUAUAACUGGUUGCAAAAAUUAACCUCUAAAAACCGUAAAUUGAUCAAACCAUAUGUGAUCGGUCGUUCUUAUGAAAGACGUCCCAUUAGAGCAGUGAAAAUUUCCGCUAAACCAGGCAAUAAGGCCAUUUUUGUAGAGUCCAACAUCCAUGCCAUUGAGUGGAUUUCUUCGGCCGCCACCACCUGUUUCUUCGAAAACUUACUCAAUUCCUCAGAUGAGAAAAUGAAGAAUUUACUAGAAAACUAUGAUUGGAUAUUUGUGCCUGUUUUGAAUCCAGAUGGUUUUGAAUAUUCCCACAAUGUGGAAAGAUUAUGGCGCAAGAAUCGUAGACCCACUGGUUUCCAUAAUGCUUCAGGACCCUGUUAUGGCACAGAUAUGAAUCGAAACUUUGAUUACGAAUGGGGAGCAAGUGGCUGGAACAUUGAUGUUCCUUGUGAUCAUUGGUAUGGUGGCGCUGAACCCGACUCGGAACCCGAAAUUAUUGCCUUGGAACGUUUUGUUAAUAGCUUUGACGAUGAUUAUAUCCGCAUGUAUUUGGCUAUUCAUUCCUUUGGCAAUUUUGUCCUCCUGCCUUAUGGUCAUACCAGCACAGAAUUCCCUCCCAAUUAUGAUCAAAUGAUGAGAAUUGCUACGGCUUUUGCUGAUGGAGCUCGUGAGAAAUACGGCACAGAUUUCUUGUGUGGUGCCAGUGGUUUAUUAAAUUAUCCUGUCUCGGGUUCAGCCAAGGAUUGGGCUUAUGGUGUCAAGAACAUUCCCUUCACAGCCACCAUUGAAUUACGUGAUCGUGGUCAAUAUGGUUUCUUCUUGCCUCCUUCGCAAAUUAUGGAGGUCUGUAAUGAAGUUACUGACGGUCUUGUGGCCAUGGUGGACAAAGCCCAAGAAGAGGGAUUAUUUGACUAGGAGCAUAAACAUUAAUGCGACGACAUUCCAUUUAUUGAGUUGAUCAUAUUGAUUU